AUGUCUACCGCCGAGCUUGCUGUCUCCUACGCGGCCCUGAUCCUCGCCGACGACGGCGUCGAGAUCACCGCCGACAAGCUCAACACUCUGAUCAAGACCGCCAACGUUCCGGAGGUCGAGCCCAUCUGGUCCCAGAUCUUCGCCAAGGCUCUCGAGGGCAAGGAUGUCAAGGAACUGCUGACCAACGUUGGCUCCGCCGGUGCUGCUGCCCCCGCUGCCGCCGCUGCUCCUGCUGCGGGUGGUGCUGCCCCUGAGGCUGCUGCUGAGGAGAAGAAGGAGGAGAAGAAGAAGGAAGAGGGGAAGAACCUCCCGCUAACGAUGUGUCUUUUUCCUGCAAUUACAGAGGAGUCCGACGAGGACAUGGGCUUCGGUCUUUUCGACUAA